AGAACAAGAAAAAGGAAGAGGAGAAUGAGAAAUAAGGGAGGAGGAGAAGGGGAUGAAGAAAAAGGAAGACGGAGAAAGAAUAGGAGGAGGAGGCAGAGUGGAAGGAAGGAAGACAAGAAGCAGAAAGAGGAAGAAUACAGGAAGGAGGAGAAGGAUUAAUUAAAUCAUAGAAUAGUAGAGUUGGAAGAGACCUCAUGGGCCAUCCAGUCCAACCCCAUUCUGCCAAGAAGCAGGAAAUCGUAUUCAAAGCACCCCUGACAGAUGGCCAUCCAGGCUGUGCUUAAAAGCCUCCAAGGAAGGAGCUUCGACCACGGCCUGGGGCAGAGAGUUCCACUGCCAAACAGCCCUUCUCACAGUGAGGAAGUUCUUCCUGAUGUUCAGGGAAAUGAAGACCCUAUGAAGUCACCACAGGCAUGAAAAGAAAUUAUCAGUAUCUAGUAUAGAUUUAGGAAUCUGGAAACCAAAGGGCAAUAAUGAAAGAAAUCCUGCGGGAAGAAGAAAUCCUCUCUAGGUGCCAAUCUUGUGAAACUCAAUUUUGAUCAGAAAGAAAAAGGGAACAUUCACGUGUUUAUAUCGCAGUCAAUCAUAACUGUCAACAUGAAGGAGAAACCCUUUACAUGUCUUGAGUGUGGAAAGAGCUUCAGUUGGAGGAGCCAUCUGCUACGGCAUGAAAGGACUCACACUGGGGAGAAACCCUUUGAAUGUCUGGAGUGUGGACAGAGCUUCACUCAUAGUUCAGGACUACGUCAACAUCAAAGGACUCACACUGGGGAGAAACCCUUUGAAUGUCUGGAGUGUGGACAGACCUUCGCUCGUAGUUCAGGCCUACGUCAACAUCAAAGGACUCACACUGGGGAGAAACCCUUUGAAUGUCUGGAGUGUGGACAGACCUUCGCUCGUAGUUCAGGCCUACGUUUACAUCAAAGGACUCACACUGGGGAGAAACCCUUUGAAUGUCUGGAGUGUGGACAGAGCUUCACUCAGAGUUCAGGACUACGUCAACAUCAAAGGACUCACACUGGGGAGAAACCCUUUGAAUGUCUGGAGUGUGGACAGAGCUUCACUCAGAGUUCAGGCCUACGUUCACAUCAAUGGACUCACACUGGGGAGAAACCCUUUGAAUGUCUGGAGUGUGGACAGAGCUUCACUCAGAGUUCAGGACUACGUCAACAUCAAAGGACUCACACUGGGGAGAAACCCUUUGAAUGUCUGGAGUGUGGACAGACCUUCGCUCGUAGUUCAGGCCUACGUCAACAUCAAAGGACUCACACUGGGGAGAAACCCUUUGAAUGUCUGGAGUGUGGACAGACCUUCGCUCGUAGUUCAGGCCUACGUUUACAUCAAAGGACUCACACUGGGGAGAAACCCUUUGAAUGUCUGGAGUGUGGACAGAGCUUCGCUCAUAGUUCAGGACUACGUCAACAUCAAAGGACUCACACUGGGGAGAAACCCUUUGAAUGUCUGGAGUGUGGACAGACCUUCGCUCGUAGUUCAGGCCUACGUUUACAUCAUAGGACUCACACUGGGGAGAAAACCUUUGAAUGUCUGGAGUGUGGACAGAGCUUCACUCAUAGUUCAGGACUACGUCAACAUCAAAGGACUCACACUGGGGAGAAACCCUUUGAAUGUCUGGAGUGUGGACAGAGCUUCACUCAUAGUUCAGGAAUACGUCAACAUCAAAGGACUCACACUGGGGAAAAACCCUAUAAAUGCCUGGAGUGUGGACAGACCUUCGCUCGUAGUUCAGGCCUACGUUUACAUCAAAGGACUCACACUGGGGAGAAAGCCUUUGAAUGUCUGGAGUGUGGACAGAGCUUCACUCAUAGUUCAGGACUACGUCAACAUCAAAGGACUCACACUGGGGAGAAACCCUUUGAAUGUCUGGAGUGUGGACAGACCUUCGCUCGUAGUUCAGGCCUACGUUUACAUCAAAGGACUCACACUGGGGAGAAACCCUUUGAAUGUCUGGAGUGUGGACAGAGCUUCACUCAGAGUUCAGGACUACGUCAACAUCAAAGGACUCACACUGGGGAGAAACCCUUUGAAUGUCUGGAGUGUGGACAGAGCUUCACUCAGAGUUCAGGACUACGUCAACAUCAAAGGACUCACACUGGGGAGAAACCCUAUACAUGUCUGGAGUGUGGACAGACCUUCACUCGUAGUUCAGGCCUACGUUCACAUCAAAACUCUCACACUGGGGAGAAACCCUAUACAUGCCUGGAGUGUGGACAGACCUUCACUCGUAGUUCAGGCCUACGUUCACAUCAAAACUCUCACACUGGGGAGAAACCCUAUACAUGUCUGGAGUGUGGACAGACCUUCACUCACAGUUCAGGCCUACAUUCGCAUCAAAGAACUCACACUGGGGAGAAACCCUAUAAAUGCCUGGAGUGUGGACAGAGCUUCACUCAUAGUUCAAAUCUACGUAGACAUCAAAACUCUCACACUGGGGAGAAACCCUAUACAUGCCUGGAGUGUGGACAGAGCUUUUCUCUGAGUCGAGCUCUACGUUUGCAUCAAAGGACUCACACUGUAGAGAAACCGUAAAAAUGCAUGGAAUGUGGUCAGAGCUUUUCAUGAAAUAACAUUAUACAUAGACAUCAUAGAAUUCACCCUGGAGAGAAUGGUGUUAAUUGACCUCAGAGUGUCAUUCUAACACGUAGAAAAGCAACUCUUGCAAAUUUUGGAAAUGUGGGCUCAAAGUUGGGACAUUUCAUCACAUGUGAUGCAUUGUAGAAAGCCCCCUCGAUGGAUUGUCACCUUGUCAUGGUGAGGGGGUGGUGGUGAUUGUCACCUUGUCAUGGUGAGUGUUCCAGUGAACCUGCGGGCACAACCACCGGAGUCAUGCACUCCCAGGAGUGGCCACAGGGGAGGAUCCAGACCAAGAACAAUCCGAAGACCCUAAGAUCUCAACGGCGGAGCAGGCGGAGGAUAACAUGGUACGGUUUCGUAUGUCCCUGCUCCCCGUGGUCUCCAUUCCCUUUAUCUUUCUCACCCGAGUUUGUAUCUUUGUAUUCAUGUGGCCGGCCCUGUUUUUCCUGUUUCUUUGAUUUGCGUUGUAGUAUAUAUUGUAUAUUAUUACUUAUUGUAUUGUUUAAUUGCUCUAUGUUAUGUUGUAUUUAUACUUGUUAUAUUGUUUUGCUCUAGGCAUGGCCCCAUGUAAGCCGCCCCGCGUCCCCGUUGGGGAGAUGGUGGCGGGGUAUAAAUAAAGUAUUAUUAUUAUUAUUAUUACGGUUCGGGACCUGCCUGUCUUCGUGACCGCGUCGUCCCCUAUGAACCCACCCGUUCGCUGAGAUCUUCUGGGAAGGCCCUCCUCUCACUUCCGCCCUCCUCACAACUGCAUUUGGUGGGGACGAGAGAGAGAGAGAGAGAGAGAGAGAGAGAGAGAGAGAGAGGGCCUUCUCGGCCGUGGCUCCCCGACUCUGGAACUCCCUCCCCAGGGAGAUGAGGUUGGCUCCCUCUCUACCUUCCUUCAGGAAACAACUGAAGACUUGGAUGUUUCGGCAGGCCUUUGGAGAUACAGUCAUUAAUUAAUCAGCCCCAGAGGGUUUUUAAUAAUCUAUCCCGUUUUUAUUACGAUUUUACCAUUUAUGUGUUUUAAAUGCAAUUUUUUAUCCUGUAUUUUUGUUUUAAUUGAUAUAUUGUAUUACUGUUUUAUCUUUUUAUAGUGUGAUUUGUAUUAUGUUGCCUAUGUUUUGUUCUAUGUUGUUUGGGCCUCUGCCCCAUGUAAGCCGCCCCGAGUCCCCACGGGGAGAUGGUGGCGGGAUAUAAAUAAAGUUUGAUUAUUAUUAUUUAUUAUUAUGUUACAAUUGCUGUGAAGGUGGAAGAAGGCUGCAACAGACUGAGGAGCCACUGUCGUUGUGUAUUCACACCACUGCUGGAACCUCACUCUGUGAAGACUGUGUGUUGACCGGCCGUGCACCGACCUCCACACAUUCAAAAAAAUCACGCACAGGCAUCUUCCAAGAAAAAUUACUGGAAGACCAUCAUCCUCGAACUACGAGGGAUCGCCUAAGAAGAAUUGUAGAAAGAUUGAACUAAAAUACAGUGUUCCGUCACUUAUCGUGGGGGUUAUGUUCCAGGACCACCCGCAGUAAGUGAAAAUCCGCAAAGUUGGGAUGCUAUAUAUUUAUACAUUAUUUUAGUACAGUAGAGUCUCACUUAUCCAACAUAAACGGGCCAGCAGAAUGUUGGAUAAGCAAAUAUGUUGGAUAAUAAGGAGGGAUUAAGGAAAAGCCUAUUAAACAUCAAAUUAGGUAAUGAUUAUACAAAUUAAGCACCAAAACAUCAUGUUUAACAACAUAUUUGACAGAAAAAGUAGUUCAAUACGCAGUAAUGUUAUGUUGCAAUUACUGUAUUUAUGAAUUUAGCACCAAAAUAUCACUAUGUAUUGAAAACAUUGACUACAAAAAUGCGUUGGAUAAUCCAGAAUGUUGGAUAAGCGAGUGUUGGAUAAGUGAGACUCUACUGUAGUUAUACACUAUUUUAAGUCUUUAUCAACAAAUCGUGUGUUGAUAAAUCGCCUCCAUCUCCUGUUGCUGCUUGGGCUCCUUUUCUCUCCCUUCGGCUUCUCCUUCCUCAGGCUGUAAAUUGUAAUUUUAUUGGAUUUAUAAUAGGCUUUUAGAGUUUAUUGAAAAAGCGCGAAACAGCGAAUCUGCAAACAGUGAACCGUGAAGUAGUGAGGGAACUCUGUACGUUCCAUUCUGGAAGUAAUUACUGUAUAUUAUAGUAGAAUAAUGAGAAAUAAAAAUUAACAGGUAGAAUGAGGCUUUUA